AUGGGGUUGUGGAGUAUUACAAAGGGUGAUACAGUCUUGUCAGUACCAAACCUUUUCCAGUGCUUCUGGCGCGACAAUGCUGUUUGCUUCAGGCCUCCAGAAGGCCUGAUUCUGGUGCCACUGAUUGUUCUGCAGGAGCUUCUGCCUCUCCUAGCCUCAGGGGUACUCCAGAGGCGGCCUCAGGUGGCAUACAGCACCAAGGAAGACAGCACUACGAGACCUGUUGGGCGGUACCCCAUACCCAACAAGAAGGACAUGCCAUAUGACAUCGUGGAGCUCAUGGAGGAGGUGGAAAUGAAGACUGGAUUUCUGCCCAAUGUGUUCAAAGCCAUGUCUCACCGACCUGCUGAAUUCAGAGCUUUCUUUGCUUAUUACAAUGCCAUUAUGAACAAAGACACAGGGCGACUCAGCAAGGCAGACAAAGAGCUCAUAAUUGUGGCUACCAGUGUUGUGAAUAGAUGUCCCUACUGUGUGGUUGCACAUGGAGCACUUCAUCGCAUAUAUUCCAAGCAGCCGGCACUGGCUGACCAGGUCAUCGUCAACUGGAAACUGGCUGACCUGAGUGACCGGGACCUGGCCAUGCUGGAGUUUGCCCUUGCAGUCUGUCGAGCCGAUAACAUCACCGAGGAGCAUUUCCAGAAGCUGGAGAGGCACGGUUUUGACCGCGAAGAUGCCUGGGACAUAGGCAUGAUUUCUGCUUUCUUCGCCAUGUCCAAUCGCAUAGCUCAUUACAUCGACCUGCGCCCCAACAAGGAGUUCUACACCAUGGGCAGGGUGCCCCGGGGGGACAGGGACGAAGCCGAGCGCGCCUGA